GCACAACACUUCCUCGAAUUCUAGGUUUCUUCAUUGUAUCUCCCAGGAAUUUGUCUUUCCCACUCCUGUUUUUUUUUCUUUUCCCCUGUUUGGGUCUGGAAAACUGAAACUGAGAAAAAAGAAAAUCACUUCCUUCAAUUUUGUUUCACUUGCAUUUCUCAGCUGCUAGAACUACAAAUUGAAUCCUCAACGGCUGAGCUUUUCUUGUUAGUCCGUUUCAUUUAUUCCCCUUCAUUUCUUGGCUACCAAACAUCCUCCUAGUGGGACUGUUGAAAUAUUUUCAGAAGUUCUUUAGGAAUCUUUGGUGUUUGUUCUUUUCCCGUGCUGUCGUUUGGUUCAUCUGAAGGGAUACGGACGGGUACCUUCGAAUGUUUCUAAAAUGGUCGAGUCAACCAAAGUGAGGUUGGUUCGUUGCCCAAAAUGCGAAAAUCUGCUCCAGGAGCUUCCUAAUUUCUCUGUUUAUCAGUGUGGUGGCUGUGGUGCUGUUCUUCGAGCAAAAAAUAAGAAUGCUGAGGCAGUUGGUACCUCUAAGAAGUCUGAAGGAGAAAGGGUGGAAGGGGUUUCCACUAAAUCCCAGAUUUCCUCAGAAAAAGGAACGGUGGUGUUGAGUGAUGUCUCUGGUACAGAUGUUAGGUCAAAUGAUGGCGCCUUGAAGUGUGAUCAAAGGGAAACAGAGAAGAAUGAUGUUGCAUGUGCUGAAAGAUGUAGCGGUGAAGCUGAGGUUACAUAUGAUAAAAUGGCUGUUGAGAAUGGUCAUGAUUUGAGUGGGAGUAAAGAUCAAUUGAGCAAUGCAAUUACAAGGCAAAAUGGGGACUUGAAUUCUCAAUUUGGAUUUGCUAGUGAAUCACAAAGAUUGGGACGAAUGUCAGAUUUACGAGCUGGGGGACAAGAAGACAUGGAGGGGCUUCGGAGAAUACCAAGAACCGUGGUUGAAGAUGUGCGGUUUUCAACUUCAAAGCAUCCAGAAGAGGGCCCAUCAAACAAUUGUUCAGAUUAUUCUCAUCGGAAUCUUAAUGAUUUGGAUGGUGGUGCUAGUAGGGUUUUACUCGAACAAGAUCCAGCUGACCUUCUGAGAAUGCUAGAUGAGUUAAAGAAGCAACUGAUUCAGUCCUGUGAUGUAGCUCAUAGUCCCAAAGAGAAAGUAACAAUUGAUGGAAGGGCUGUCCCUCCUGAGCCUUAUGCUUGUGCUGAUUCCUGGUUUCCAAGUGUCUCUUCAGGAGUAGACAAAGCUUCAGUUCCUUUUUUUGGACCUGAUAAACAUGCUGCAGGACGGCCUUAUUUUGGUAAUUAUCAAGCUCCAUUCCCUUAUGCUGCUGGGCAUGAUAUGCCUAGGCAUGCAUUAUAUCCUCCAAUGCAUAACCCAAAUCUUGUUCCUGGGUAUGAAGAUCCCUUUGGAUCCCAAAUAUUUAGAAGAACUCCAAAACAGUUGCCUGGUGAAUACCAACAACAGCCAUCUCAUCCAUUCUUUUCCAGAGAAUUUGUUGACUCUAAUCAAGAUCCAUUUAUCCCAUAUCAACCGAAUGCAGUCUUGCACCAGCCUUCAUCUUCAUGUUUCCAUUGUUAUGACAAAAAUCAGCGAGUUUCAGCUCCUGUUCCACCCAGUGCUAUUAGCAAUAAAAGAUACCCUGAUGUCUCGGGCAACCCUAUGUUGUAUCAUCUUGAAAAUCGUAGGGCUUUUGGUUCAUAUCAUCACAACACUCUGACUGUCAUGCCUCCAUUGAAUGCACAUGGUACUCAAGCUCAUGCUAGAUGUCCAAGUGAUAUUAAUUCUGGAUUGGGUGGUUUUGUUCCAUGCCGCCCUCAGAGAGCGGUGGUAGCCAGAGGAGGCCACCAUUGCCGCCCUGUAGCUGGUGGUGCUCCAUUUCUAUUGUGUCAUAGUUGUUUUGAACUAAUACAGCUUCCUCGGAAAGUACAGCUUGUAGCAGAAAAUGAACAAAAAUUGUGUUGUGGAUCCUGUUCUACAGUAAUAAGCUUCACUGUUGUUGGUAAGAAACUUAUUCUUCGUGAUCAUGCAGAUACAAAUGGAAAUUCAGCUGUGGUUCAUGAUAACUCUAGUGAAGUUGUGAAAGAAAGUACAUCAGAUUUCCAAGGCCAUGUGAGCGGAAUUGCUGCUAAUUUCUCCACAGAUGAUUAUGAUAAUUCUGCUUAUGAUUUUCAGUCAAUGGGUAGAGAUCCCAUUUCAUUAUCAGCAGGCCAGGAUUUGAAUUCGGUCAAUCCUCAAGAAUUUCAAAGCUUUGGUUCUUCAUCUCCCACCUCUACCUCCGAGGAUGAGAACAGUCCAAAUGUUUUAACUGCUUCUAGAAAGGAUAUAAACCCUGUUCAGAUGCAAGUCAAACCCACUUUGACUCCACCGCUCCCUGGUUCACCUUUGCUGGAUCACUUUGAUUACUCUUCUAACAACCAUGUGGUGAACCGAUUUGGAAAUGGAAAUCAGAGUAGUCGUUCAGAUCAAGAGAAAGUUGUAUCAAACAAGAUCACCACACGACAAAAUUCUUUGAAUGAGGCAUCACUAGCAACUGAGAUGGAGGUGUUGUCCAAGGGGUAUGCUAAUUCAGGAAUUUAUCAAGAUUCAGGGGAUGCAACAAGAGAAGAUUAUCAAUCAAAAACCACAAAAGGGAGUGGAUCAUUUUUUUCAAACAUUAUCAAGAAGAGCUUCAAGGAUAAAUUAAAUGUGUCAGUUAAUGGGUAUCCCAUACCAGAUCGCAUGGUUAAGAAGGCUGAAAAGAUGGCAGGACCAAUUCAGCCUGGAAAGUAUUGGUAUGAUUUCCGAGCUGGAUUCUGGGGUGUCAUGGGUGGACCUUGUCUUGGCAUAAUUCCUCCAUUUAUCGAAGAAUUCAACUAUCAGAUGCCAGAGAAUUGUGCUGGUGGAAACACUGGUGUUUUUGUUAAUGGAAGAGAGCUCCAUAAAAAUGAUUUAGAUUUGCUGGCUAGCAGGGGGCUUCCAACUGAUAGAGAUAGGUCCUACAUCAUUGAGAUAUCUGGUAGAGUCCUGGAUGAGGACACUGGCAAAGAGCUAGAUAGUCUUUGCAAACUUGCACCAACGGUUGAGAAAGUGAGGCACGGUUUUGGCAUGAAAGUUCCGAGAGCAACUGCAUGAUCAAUUUUUUUAUGACAAGGUAAUUUCUUGUUGAUUGAUUUGAAGUUUUGGGCAUAUUCCAUCACGACAGCAGAAAUUUCAAAAUUCAUUGGAUGAUCAGGACGGGUUUUUCUCACUUUGCUUUGCUGGGUCAUGAAGCUACUGGAUGAUCGGUACGCUUAAUGGCCAAAAGCUACAGUUUAAUGAGGUUCCAUUUUGAUAUUUAAGUGUUCUUCUUGUUAUCUUGCAAAUCUUCAGUCAGAUGUGUCAUGUGUAAUUGUGCAUGCCAAUUGUGUAAAUUUUCUUCUUUUUUUUUUCUUUAAUGAUAAUAUUGGUUGGUGGAUAUGAUUUGGUUUUUCAAUAGGGAUAGCAACGAAGGCUCAUAGGGUUAAAGUGUGCCUUUUUAUCUUCAUCUUCGCAAAUUAUGGAGAUGGGAAUUCCAUGGGGACUUUUGAUAGGAGAAGCUGCAGCCAAUGCAGUUAGUGAAGGUGGGUCGUCUACAAAGACCCUCUCUCAGCUGGUGCUCAAAUGGAAGAAUAGAAAAUUAAAUUAAAAAUAAAAUCCAACUUAUAUU